AUCACACGUCACCUAGAAGCUUCUUCCGGGUGUUUUCAUUCCUGUGUCCGCCCUGAACAGUUAUUGUAUUACUGUUAUUUUCUUGCUCUAGGCAGAUAGUUAAGCAUCAUCAAAGAUGAAUCGUAUUUUCGGUCGGGGAAAGGCGAAAGGGCCUCCACCGAACCUCACCGACUGUAUAGGAAACGUGGACUCCAGGGCGGAGUCGAUCGACAAGAAGAUCACCCGGCUGGACGCGGAGCUGGUCAAGUACAAGGAUCAGAUGAAGAAGAUGAGGGAGGGUCCGUCCAAGAACAUGGUCAAGCAGAAGGCAUUGAGGGUCCUGAAACAGAAGAGAAUGUAUGAAGGCCAGAGAGACAACUUGACCCAGCAGUCGUUUAACAUGGAGCAGGCGAAUUAUACGAUCCAGACGCUGAAGGACACGAAAACAACCGUGGAAGCCAUGAAGAUCGGUGCCAAGGAAAUGAAGAAGGCGUACAAGAAUGUCAAAAUUGACCAGAUCGAGGAUCUGCAGGAUCAGCUGGAGGAUAUGAUGGAGGAUGCCAGCGAGGUCCAGGAGGCUUUGAGCCGCAGCUAUGGGAUGCCGGAGAUCGACGAGGACGAUCUGGAGGCGGAACUGGAUGCCCUGGGAGAUGAACUCCUGCUGGAUGAAGACACCUCAUACCUGGAUGAGGCUGCCUCAGCCCCCGCCAUCCCCGAGGGGAUCCCCAGCGACAGCAGGACGAACAAGGAUGGUGUCCUCGUGGAUGAAUUUGGGCUACCACAGAUACCUGCCACCUAAGGAAAAAAAAUCAUUUUUAUAUGUAAAAUACGACUUUAUAAUUGACUCAUAAUAACUGCUAUUGAUUCUGAAUCUGAGUUGGCACCCUUUUCCAAUCUUUUCUUUUAAAGCGAAAUUUCUUUAUACUGUUCCAAUGUAACUUGGCUGUUUGCAAUUGAAUGCUAAUAAACCCACAUUUUCAAAUCAA